AUGUACGGUGGUUAUGGUGCAGGGAUGCCAUCGAUGUACGGCAGUGGAAUGUCUUCAAUGUACGGUGGUUAUGGUGCAGGGAUGCCAUCGAUGUACGGCACUGGAAUGUCUUCAAUGUACGGUGGCUAUGGCGGAGGGAUGAGCUCAGUUUAUGGUGGCCUUGGUGGCGGGAUGAGUUCAAUGUAUGGAGGAGGUCUUUCUUCAAUGAGCGGUACCUAUGGUGGCAUGGGGAUGAACGGCAUUCUGGGCAAUCCAGUUGGUGGUGCUAUAGGCGGCAAUGGCAUGAAUGGGGCCUUAGCGCUUCCCGGUGACCAGGCUGGUGGUGGGUUGUUACCUUCCCAGCCUGACCAGCAGCAGCCUCUGCAGUUUGCUAAACCCUUAGCAACCGAAACUCGCCGGGAGAGACGGGCGCGCCGGCGACAAGAAAAGGAGGCUGUAGAAAGGCAUCGCCAACAGAAGAAGCAGCUGGCUAUACACUCAACCAUCGAGGUCGUUGGUCAUGUGCUUCAGAUUCUUUUCCAAUUAAUGCGGUCGGGCUUAGAACUGUUUGGGGUUGGCUUUGGAACGUACUACAGUAUAAAGGCUCUGAAGUCUAUAGUAAAGAGUCAGGAGGGUGCAGUACCAAAAGGGAUUUCUGGAGCAGCGGUUGCAAAAGCCGCGGAAUUAGCCCCCAGUGGGUCUUCUGCGCCUCCAGCAGGCGGAAGAUGGAAGUCGUGGGUUUUAAGGGUUGCACUAUUUAUACUCAUGGAAAUACUGUACCGGGCACAUCUUCGGUACCGUAACUGGACAGCUCGGCAGUCUUUAAGACGAAAAGAUUCUGACUUGACCCUGAGUGAGGAGGAUGAUGAAUUACAGGAUGAACUGUCUGAGAGUGAAGAUUGUAGUAGUGAGGAGGAGUGGUCUGAUGAGACAGUAGAGGCAACGGCUCGCUCGUCAAAUCGACACGAUGCGCAACACUGUAAUGGUGGACGUGUCUACGUAGCCAUGUUUGAUUAUGUAUCCCCCGAGAAAGAGGGGUUUAUUGGAUUCAAGACCGGGGACCGGUUUAUUGUUGAUGACUACACGGAAAAUGGUUGGUGCCAGGCAACUACCGCAACUGAUGACAAGAAAUUGGAGCGGAAGGGACUUGUGCCGGGAAAUUUUUUGCGUCUUCUGGAGAGGGAGACAAAACUCUAG